AUUUCCUUAAGUUUCGUUUUCGAUACAACGGAUUACUAUCUCAUGUUUCUGGUGUGUAUGGCGCUAGUAUUGGAGCAGUCUUCGGAAACCAACACAUUUUUCUCAACAUGAUGGCAAGACGCUUAAUACCCAACCUCGGACAAUGGAGUUCACGAAUUUUUGAAGUAGAGUGUGGCAAAAGGAGCGCGCUGUACUUUGCGUUGCGCGCGGACAGACAGGCAGAUCCCAGGAGGCAUGAAUUAAAGCAGCUCUUUGGAGAUGGGAAGGCAUUGUCAUUCCACGUCCAGUGUGGAGACAGAAUUCAGAGAUCGAAGAUGUAUGCAUUUCUUCAAGACAAAUUAUCAUCCAUUCCCUCAACCGACUGCACCAUUAUGGAAAUGCCGUCAUUCUUGCCUGAUGUAAAGCAAUCGGUCAGGAAAGGAUUCCUUUUAAUGUAUAGGUCUGACAGCCCUAUUGCAGACAGAGUGAUUGGAGACCUUCAGCAGGUGGAGUCACUUGCAGUGUGCUCCUAUGUACAAGAAAAGGACAUCUGGUGGCAGAAUCACCUGCCUAAAAAAGACGGAUGCUCUCUCACUGAUUUAGACAAAUAUUGUGUCACAUUAACAGUGGCACCGGAAGUUUGUCCCACAGUCUUAAGCAUCAUAAACAACGACGUCUUUUACAGCUUCGAUGAAGCGUACAAAGUUCUGACUGAGUGCAGGGACAUCAUUCCAGAGUCGCAGGCGGUUCUUGACCUGGUGGACCAGCGACUGGAUUCAACUGAGAGAGGAAGGUUCCCAGUAAUUGUCAUUGAAGGACUAGAUGCCACAGGUAAAACUACCCUGACGGAGUCUUUGGCGCGGCAGCUAAACGCUGUGCUGCUCAAGUCCCCUCCCGAGAGCCUGGCUCCUCUGAGAGCCCGCUUCGACGCCGAGCCCCCCCUCAUCCGCCGAGCCUUCUAUGCCCUGGGGAACUACAUCACCGCCGGGCAGAUAGCCAGGGACUCAUCAAAGGCUCCCGUCGUGGUAGACAGGUACUGGCACAGCACAGCGGCGUACGCCAUCGCCACAGCUGUGCGCGGAGGAGGAGGAGGCGUGGGCGUGGGCCGUCUGCCAGGCGCGGGGUCGGAGGUGUACCGCUGGCCGCAGGACCUGCUGAGGCCCAGCCUGGUGCUGCUGCUGACCCUGGACCCGGCCGAGAGGCAGAGGAGGCUACGGGGCAGAGGCCUGGCACAGACGCCCGAGGAGGCCGCGCUGGAGGCCAACAACACCUUCCGACAGAAAGUGGAGGAGGCUUACAUGAGGAUUGAGGACCCAGCCUGCGUCACUGUGGAUGCCAGUCCCUCUCCAGACAAAGUGCUCCAACAAGUGCUGCUUUUAAUUAAGAACAAAUGCCACUUGUAAACAAGCUUGCUCGCCUCGCUUCCCUCUCCUCUCUCCUCUCUCUCCCUCCUUCUCGCUCUCUGUCUCUCUCUUUCACACCUCUCUCGCCUCCUCAGCUGGGGAGACGUGCUGUUCCAUCCAGAACCACUAGGUGGCAGUGUAGUGUUGUGGAAGUGAAAUUGUGUUGUACAAACUAGUUUGAGCUGGGGCUUCUGUACUGAGAGAGAGAGAGAGAGAGAGAGAGAGAGAGAGAGAGAGAGAGAGAGAGAGAGAGGAAGAGGAAGAGAGAGGGUGUACAGCCCAGCCCAGCCCAGCACGCACACACACACACACACACACACACACACACACACACACACACACACACACACACACACACACACACACACACACACACACACACACACACACAGAGGAAGGCGGGAGGGCUGUGCAGGGCUGUGGUGAGGUGGCAAGGGGCCAGAUCCAGAGCGCGCCCAUCAGGACCCAGUAUCUGGACAUGUCACAACACAUUCCCCUUCUCCACUGCA